AAUUUCUCGCAUUUCAAUCAAGUCAAAAAAUGAAAUCGUAUGAAAAGUUGGAGCUGUUUGGGACAUUAUACGAAGCUAAUGACACCGUCCUUAUUCGUUCCUGCAUCAAGGACAUCAAUUUUUCACACGAAUCCUUCACUACAGUCGGAAUGCAUGCCAUGUCAUUGGUCAUGCGACGUUGCAGCCAACUAGAAUCUGUUCGUCUUCAAAACUGUGAUCUCAAUGCCGAGUUGGUUCAUAUCCUGAAGUCAAAUCUAAAGGGUUCUUCUUUAAAGCUGAAUAAACUAGAUGUCAGGUAUAACAAGAACCUUGGAACCGAUGGUUUUGGUGAGCUUGGAUUAGUUGUUACACAAUGCCAGGUAAAGACAUUUGAUGCUGGGAAUUGCAAUCUGACAGCAGAAGGAAUAAAAGCUUUUAAAGAAAACACUGGCAAUGUAAAGAUAAAGUGCCUGAUUCUGAGUGGGAACCAAGUCAGCAGACUCGGAGAUGAAGGUUUAUCUACAAUCAGUGAAAUUGUUCAUCAAUGCCAGGUUGAAAGUUUGUGGAUGGUGGCAUGCUACUUCAACCCUGAUCAGUUGGAAAGAUUCAAAGCAUCGAUCGCUGAUACCGGAGUCAUUUUCAGGGGCAACUAGAAUCCACAAACAAUGUAUCGAAUAAAUUUUAAUGCUCGGUCAUUCAAGCUCAAAUUUCAUUCUGCUUCAACUGGUUAAUUUGUUGGUCUCAUCAUAUCCUUGCCAACAGAUUAACAUUAGAAGAAAUAAAUUUGACUCUUUGUUUCCACUCCGAACAAGGCUCGAGCAAGUACGUACAUUCUGUUCAAACUGGUCAUUUUUCUUUAGUCGCAGAAUAUCCAUUACCAGCAGUGAUUCCCCUACACCCUCCCUAAUUUUCAGGUUUGUUUGACACCAUUAAUUUUUAACGUAAAUAAAAAUGUAUUUGAAUAUUCAGAAAGUGGGUCAUAUGCCGGUGAAAACGAUCAGUUAAAUGCAACGCAUUUUUAUAAAUUACAAAUAGUUUUAGCACUAAUACCAAAAUAUCUACAACCCUC